AAAGAGACAAUACGCAACACCUACGACUCAAAUAAAUGGAAUACAAAGAGGAAGAAAAAUGAUCAAACGCAAGCAACGAGUAAUGCUUUUUUAAAAAAAACAAGUGUCUAAAUUAACAGUGAAUAAUAGCAUGCAAUACAAUGUGAGUGUGCAGUUUGGAGUGUUCCAUUGGAGAAGUAGAAUAUUAUAAUCAACAGUGAAAAUAAGAACAGAAAAAAAAUUUGCUGACGAAGAAUGAAACGAGACACUGUAAUAACCUGUGUGGAGCCAAACCGCAGAACACAAACGAUGACAACAAUUCUCGAUGUCAAUUAUCAGCAAUUGGAACCUUAUUCAGAAGGCGAUGGCGAAGAGGAAAAUGAAGAUCGCGAGGAAACGCCACAAGAAUCAGGCGUUAUGAUCCACGUUGUGCCGGAAAAUAAUAAAACUCGAUGGAAUCAUAUAGAAGAUUUAGAUUCAUUUUUUACAAGAAUGUAUCAUUAUCAUCAAAAUAAUGGCUUUAUAUGUAUGAUGACGAAAGAAUUUUGCGAACUAGGACAAUUUAUCUUCGUAGUUAUUUUUACGCUUUUCUUAUUUAAUUGCGUUGACUAUCCAAUAUUAUUCAGGGAUAAAGUAACAGCAAAUAGUACAUCAUUCAAGAUUAAAAUGACUGAUGCAUUUUUGCCAGUAAAAAAGUGUUCUCAAAGUGCAGGCCUAAUAACCUGGAUUUUUAUUUCAGUAGCGACGAUAUUUUGGAUUUUACGUUUAGUUAAAUGUUUAUAUCACUUGACGCAAUAUUGGGAUAUUAAAUUAUUCUUUAAUAGUGCAUUAAAAAUUGAAGAUAGAGAAUUACAAAAUGUCACUUGGUAUGAAGUGCAAAAGAAAGUGAGAGAAGUCCAAAAGGAACAAGAAAUGUGCAUACACAAAAAAGAACUUACCGAAUUAGAUAUUUAUCAUAGAAUAUUAAGAUUUAAAAAUUAUAUGGUAGCUAUGAUCAACAAAUCUUUAUUACCAGUGAGACUUAAAUUGCCAAUAAUAGGAGAAGUCAUUUUUUUAACUCGAGGACUUAAAUAUAAUAUGGAAUUAUUAUUAUUCUGGGGUCCGUGGUCACCGUUUGAAAAUAAUUGGCAUCUGAAGGAGGAUUACAAGAAGCAAAAUAAGCGACAAGAAUUAGCGAAACUAUUAUCGAAACAUAUUCUUUAUGUUGGAGUAGCAAAUUUCAUUUUAUGCCCAUUGAUACUGUCGUGGCAGAUUUUAUACUUUUUUUUCAACUACGCCGAUCUUAUCAAGAGAGAACCAGGAGCCCUUGGACUAAGAAUGUGGUCGCCCUUUAGUCGCCUCUAUCUCCGUCAUUUCAACGAACUCGAGCACGAGCUAAAUGCUCGUCUAAGUCGCGCAUACCGUCCAGCAAAAAAAUACAUGGAUAUAUUCACCUCGCCAUUAAUAACGAUAAUCGCUCAAAAUAUUGUCUUCAUAAGCGGUGGAAUUUUCAUAAUAAUGGUGGGUCUAACAAUUUAUGACGAUGGCGUUGUAACGGUGGAGCAUUUCGUAGCGACAAUGACAGUAUUUGGAACAAUUGCCGCCGCCGGAAGGGCAUUUUUACCCGAUGAAAAUUUAGUCUGGUGUCCCGAGACAUUAUUGACCGCAGUAUUGGCGCACACACAUUAUCGUCCCGACAGUUGGAAGGAUCGUGCCCACACGCAAGCGACACGCUCACAAGUUGCACAAUUAUUUCAAUUUAAACUCGUGCAUAUUAUUGAGGAGCUCAUCUCGCCAUUGUUAACGCCAUUUAUAUUGUGUUUUCACAUGAGACCAAGGGCAUUGGAUAUUGUUGAUUUUUAUAGAAAUUUUACAAUUGAAGUGACUGGCGUUGGUGAUGUUUGUAGCUUUGCCCAAAUGGAUGUGAGAAAGCAUGGUAAUCCAAUGUGGCAGACUGUCGGUCAGAGUGUAUUGGAUGCACGAGUUACUGGCUAUGACAAUCACUAUGGCACGGAUCAUGAUAAACUUCAUCCAUUGUCGAAUCAAUAUACGCAGGCGGAGGAUGGAAAAACUGAAUUGUCCCUGAUUCAUUUUACACUCACGAAUCCUGAAUGGAAGCCACCUAGUCAUGCUGAAACUUUCGUCACUGCUCUCAAGGAGAGAGCACGCAGAGAGGCAGCUACAAAUAUUAAUGAAUUGAAUCCUCUCUAUAUGAGUCUUAAUAGCUUGUCUAGUCUCGGCCCAGGCUACAAUGACAUUGUGACGAAUAUUAUUCGGAGUGUGAUGCCAAAUCAAUUGAGCGUUCCGAGUAUGAGUAAUGCAAUGUCAAAUGAAGCGGGCACAUCAUCAUCGACGUCAAUGGGUGGCGAUGAGACGUGUAGUGCUCGAUCUAAUAUUCCGCCGCGAACUUUUAUGGGUCGUUUACAUAAGGCUGAAGGACCUUUGCAUUCCGAUAAAGGAUUGCUCUACAGUUUGCAGCAGGGAUUAUCAAAUCAAUCGCUCGGUGCUUCGGUAUUUGGUUCCGGUCAGGAACUCGUCGCCGAUUUAACAGUUCCAAUUGAAAUGACAGCCGCUGACAUGAGUUUGUCUACGUUGUACCUGCACGAACUCCAUCACAGACAAGUAAGGAGACGGGGUUAUCAUGAAGUGGCAACAAGAAGUAUAUGGCAACCAGGUCCAGUUCAGGAAUUAGCAACGCUUCCCGAAGUGAAACAAGAACGUGCGCCAUUACUUUUACAUCAAGAUUCAUCGAUAAGAAAAUAGAGAUUGACUUCAUUUCUUCUUCUUUUUUUUUAAAAAAACACAAAAAAACUUUUGCGCAAUUGAAAAUAAUAAAAUAUUUUUAUCUACA